CGUCCCGAGAUUAAAACUGAUAAAUAGGGUUUAAAACUAUAGAAGUAUCUGAAUGUUAAAUUUGACAUUAAUUAUUAGAGAUUGGUAGAAAUUGGGCUCUGGCGUAGAUUAUAAUACAUUCACAAUCAAUAAUAAGUUUUACAAGAAAAGAAUUAUUAAAGGACUUCAUAAAAUUAUUUUCUUUUCGACGAAGCAGGAUAAAGCUAAUAAGGAGUAACCAAAAUUUAAAUUGACAAAGAAGAUUAACUUGGCAAAAAGAUUCGUCUACAAAUGAUCUGUUGAAGAAAUGAAGAUUCCGUUAAUGAAUCACAUCUUCCUUGCAACGAUUCUUGUUAUAAGCUUGAAUUUUCAGUCGUGCAACGCCAACCAAGGAAAUGUAACGAUGCCAGCAACAGUUACGGUGAAAGUCGUAGAAACAGAUGCAAGGCAAAGACGAUCCAUGGACCAAUUUCCUGACCAAUUAGAUGUUGACUUGUCAACAGAUGAAUUCCAUGAACAGUUUCAAAGUCUCGAAAGAAAUUAUCACGUGCCAGAUAUUCAGUAUGUUCACAUGAUGGAAAAUGGAGCAAUUAAAAUGUUCAAAUUUGAAAGUAAACAGAACUCUGCAUAUUAUAUUGAUGUUGAACAUGGUGCUGCUUUUAGAGUUUCUUUGGCCUCAGAAGGAUCUAAAGAUUUUGAUAUUUACGGAACGUUCGUAUCCGGACAACAUGAAUAUUUGGUACAACCAACGAGAGAUAACCGAAGUACUUACACAGUAUUGCUGAUUGAAGAAAAGCUGACAACAUCGUUUGAUUAUAUUAGUUUGUCAGACACAGAUGCCAACAUAAUUGAAGAGAAGAUGCAGAAUCAUCAGAGAAGACUAUGACCGGAAAAGAAAAGCGACAGACGACCGACUACGAGGUCGAAAUUUUCUUCGUGCAUGACUUUGCAAUGUACAAUAGUUGGUAUGCUACUACUGAAGGAGAAAACGACAGACACAGUGCUACAGUUACUAAAAUGAUACAAUUCACCGCUUUUCUGCUAAACGCGAUUGAUCUACGAUAUCAAACUGUGACAGACUACUCGUAUACAAUAUCCUGUCUUUUUGCUGGAAUUUACAUAGCUGAUGUUUCAAGCGAUGCACCUUUUGUAGAAGACCAUGUCUCCAAUAACCAAGCUGUAGCUGAAACUGUUCUUAGCGCUUUUAAGGAAUGGGGAGAGGAUUCAUUGGGAGAUUUUAAUUUUGAUCAUGCUAUGUUGUUUACAGGGUACGAUAUUGGAGAAACAAUUGAUGGCGUAUUUAUUUCUGACAUAGCAGGUCUUGCGUAUUUACCGUCGUAUAAUACAAACGGUGAACUGUUUAAUGCCGCAGUUUGUGGAACGUUGAGAUAUUCUAUCAACGAAGGAGGGAAUUUCGAACCGACAAUGGCAACGAUUGGCGCACAUGAGCUUGGACAUAACCUCGGAUCAUCACAUGAUGGUAGUUCCAAUAACUGUUCUGGCGGAUAUGUCAUGGAGCCGUCUCUUGAGGUUAGUCGUAAUGCAUCCGAAAACCUAGAACUAUGGCAGUUCUCCUCUUGUUCACAGACAUAUUUUGAUACUUAUAUCACGGAUUUAAAUGAUGCAUCCUUAAACUGUAUGACAGUAAGAACAGCAAUAAACAAUGAUGACCUUGACCCUUAUGUAAAUGAUCUGGCGGGUCAGCUUUACAGUCCUGACAUCCAAUGUGAGCGGAUAAGAGGAUCAGGAUCGUUUCUGUACAGGUCCAAAUACGAUGGUAAUUAUUCGACAAUAUGUCAGUCAAUGGCAUGUGCCUCAACAACCACUUCCGGUAGUUUCUACUACUACAUUCCAUGGGAAGGUACAACUUGUGGAAAUGGCAAGAUGUGUCAAUCAGGGCAUUGCGUCGAAUCUCCCUUAGCACCUCCAGUCGACAAUGAAACGUGUCUUUUCGGAGAUGUUCCUUACAACAUGCCGUUCCAGACAUCUGGUUGUUAUGAUUUUCUUGGAACUCGUGAAACAUCUUACAAUUGUUACCAUGAAACGUACAGGCUACACUGUUGUGAAACUUGUGAAGCUAUAAGGCAAAAUAACACGGCGUAUGUAGAUUGUGAAUAUGGAGAUAAAGGUACUGGCUGUUCAGAAAUUUCAUUAUAUAGUUGCCGGUCUAAAAGUGAACUAUGCUGUCGAAGAUGCCAAGAUAUACAAUUAAAUAUUCCAGGUUGUCCUUGGGGUGAUUUCUAUUCUAACUGUGCGGAGUUACCUUGCAGCACUUACUCUGAAGAAUGUUGUCAAACUUGUGCAUCUUCUACCACCUUAUCCAUAACAGUUACUCCUUCGACAACGACAGAUACAAUCACAACCACGACCAAUGCACCUUCAGCAACAAUUUCACCAUCAACAACAACGACUAUUACUUCUACCACAACGACUAGUGCACCUUUAACGACAGCUACUUCUACGACAUCGAUUAGUACACCUUUAACAACAGCUGCUACUUCUACCACAGCGACUAGUACACCUUUAAUGACAGCCGCUAUUUCUACCACAUUAACAGAUUCUUCUACAGUAACGGCAACUCUUAAUCCUACAACGACCAUAACACUUUCCUUAACAACUGCUGAUACUACUUCAACGACCAUUACUCCUACCGCAACAACUUCUUCAUCCACUACCCCUGUUUCACCAACACCCACUACCACCUCUUCCCCAAUGGAAGCUAUAUCAAGCCGAGUGCAAGUUAGCCCUACGUUGUUGUUUUCUUUGUUUUUAUACCAAUUUAACAAGUUGUUCGGUUAAUAUGUUGAUACAUUUUUUAAUUGUGCUAGGAUAAAAUUAUGCAUAACGUUAAACCGUUGCAGAAAUUUACAUCGUACACCAUGCCGAUACUUAAAAUUUAUUUCAAAUUUUUUUUGUUACUUAUUUUUCACUCGUCUUGCAAUGUUUUAAACAGUUUUAUCGAAAGCAUAAUUUGUUAAGCUUCAAUGAGUAAACAUACUACAUUUGUUUAAAAAAAGAGAUAUAACUCGAAGAAAAUUUAGAAUAUUUCACUUAAUCAACGAUAGAAUACAUUUAUUUUGCAGAGAAUUUUAGCAAAUUUUGCACAAAGUAAUAUAUACAAAUUUAAUAUCAAAUGUGGUGUUGCUUGCCACAGUUUUGAGUUAUUUGCCAAUAAAUGAAUGAAAAAGUAGGAUGGUGAACUCCAUUGUUUCUAUCAAUUUGUUUCAAUUAAAUCCCUUUUAUCAUGGAACGUUUAAGAAAAUUCUCUGCUCUACUUUGAAUAUAUAUAAUUUGCCUUAAGUUUGUAAAAUAGUUAAAUUUCCAAUAAGGGACAUUCUAACCUAAAUGUAAUGAAAACAAAACAAAACAUUAGAAAAUAAUGUUUGAUUUGGUUGUAAGAUGAGAAGCAGUGAAAUGUGCAACCCAAUACCCGCUAGCACCCCUUCAGAAUUUUUCAACCGUAAUCAAAUCGAGCCUUUAUUUAAAAGUCGUUUGCAUUGUUGUUAAUGAUGUUUUGGGUCCACCAAACCAAAACGUCAUGUGAAGGACAUUUAUAUCAGAUUUCUGCUAGAUUACAUUAUUACAUAGCAAAUUCAGUAAUUAAUAACUUUAGCGAAUCUGCCAGUCAUUCGCCGAUAAAAGAAGUACAUAUCGGCAGCAAGAUAAUUUUAUUUUAAAAUUGCAUGUCAAUUAAAUAUAUUUCUGGA